CGGAUCCCUAUGGUAACGGCGGCCGUGCGGGAAGUGGCGGGGUCGGGGCGCCGGGCGGGCGGCCAGCAAGGAUGCUGCUGUAGAUGACUGACUCAAUUGUGCCUAUGUGCUGUGGCUCUAUAUGGCCUCUGCAGGAUCCGAACACACUAGUCCAGGCCCCAAGCAGGAGAAGAGUGUCUGGGUUGAGUCUGGCAGCCUUCCAGCAGGGAGAGAUGAACCGCACCUCACUUGGCAGCAGGCAAAACCCAUCUGGAAUUUGGAGAGGACACAUGUGAGUGCUUUCCACAGCCUGCUGCCCUCAGGGAUCCCUCUGCAGCAAUCCUGCUUCUUUUGCUCACCAUCACUAUGCCACACAUGCCCCAGUGAAGAUACCCUCCUGAGCCUGUCCUCAGCACAACCCUGCCUGGACCCAGGCAGGAACGCUCUGUUCUACCGAAAUUCUUGCCUCAGACCCAAGCCCUAUGGACUUCCUUUCCAAAGCCCUCCGGACACUGGCUCUACCACAGGAAGGGUGAUGUCUUCCUUGCUGACAGAACCCUGCCUGCAACCUGUUCUGGCAGAGGAGUGCUCUGAGACUGGGGUCAAAGGCACUGUUCUGAGCUCAGGUCAGCGGUCUUCCAGCUUCUGUAGACCAGUGCUCAAUAACAACUCCUUCCUAUGGCCAAGCAGUGCUAAAGUGCCUUUUCCUCAGUCACAGGAAAUCAAGAAGGUGAAAAACAUCCACAGCAUCCCCACCACCUCAUGGUCCCUCUCUAGGCAUGGAGACAGCUCCCCCAGUAACCUGGUCAACAGAGCAGUUAAAAGCAGCAACCAUGCAUUGGAGCAAGCUGCAGUCCCCUCUGUGACUGUUGUGCCUAGCAGUGCAACCCUCAGGAAGGACCAGUGUUUGCGGGAAGAUGCUGAGAGGAGAACGCAGAGCUUAAAAGAAAAGGAGCCAGAGAUCCACAUCAGUGAAGCUGUGCAGCAGCUGGCCAUACAGACUGCCACACACAAUGGCUUUUCACACAGGGCCCAAAGCUCUGCCCUUAUGAACACGGGCAGCUUGUCCAACUGGAACAGCAGGUGCAGGCAGAACAUCAUAGCACAGCUCACCCCAAAAGAAGCCAUCGCUCCUCACAACUUGGAGCCGGGUAGCCAUUGCCUUGACAGUAACUUGAGCCUUGCAGGCACCGAUGCUGCCGCUGGCUGCACUAAGCAUACCGGUGUCCAUCCCUUGGCUUUGCACGCUGCCUCUCCCGAGCGCGGUGCUGACCGCCAGUGUGUGAGCACACCGAGCUCAUGCCCCGUGGACAGGGCAGUGAGAGCAGAGCCUACACAUGUUGCGGCUGUCGCUGAAGUGGCAACUCGGAUGUCCACAAUCCAACUGGAGAAAGAGGAGAUAUGGGCCCAUGCUGUGCUCCCAGGAAAGCUCAAAGUCCCUGCUGAGCAGUCACAACUGGAGCUGAGCCAUCCCCAGGAUGAAGCAGAGGAAGAACUUCCUGAUGGCCUGGAUGAGAGCAGCAGUCAGGAGGAGGGCAAGGACAGUGACUCAGAUGCUUCCUCUGUCACUAGCGUGUCAUCCAGUGGAUCCAUGGCUCUUGUAUCCAGGAAGUGCAUCGAGUGCCUGGCUGAGCCUGCUGAGGCUCAUGAGAAAGUGCUCAAACCAGCUCUUGUCUCCAGUUUAUUUCCUAAUGUGCCUCCAACUCUCUACUUCAGUACUCGGGAUGAGGCAGUGGAAAAGCUGCCUUGGGAACAGAGGAAGCUGCUGCGAUGGAAAAUGUGCACAGUCACACCAAAUAUAGUGAAGCAAACCAUUAGCAGAUCCCACUUCAGAGUCAGCAAAAAAAGCAAUGACUGGCUGGGUUACUGGGGCCAUCACAUGAAAUCCCCCAGCUUCAGAACCAUCAAGGAACACCAGAAGUUAAAUCACUUCCCUGGCUCAUUUCAAAUUGGAAGAAAGGACCGUCUGUGGCGCAACCUGUUGAAAAUGCAGGCUCGCUGUGGGAAGAAGGAGUUUAACUUUUUCCCCCAGUCCUUCAUCCUGCCUCAGGACAUCAAAUUACUCAAGAAAGCGUGGGAGGAAGGAGCUAGCCGCCAGAAAUGGAUUGUGAAACCACCAGCAUCAGCAAGAGGCAUCGGUAUUCAAGUCAUCCAUAAAUGGAGCCAGCUCCCCAAAAGGAGACCACUGCUGGUACAGAGAUACCUUCACAAACCCUACCUCAUUGGUGGAAAGAAGUUUGACCUGAGGAUCUACGUUUACGUCACUUGCUAUGAUCCCCUCAGAGUCUACCUGUUCAAGGAUGGAUUGGUUCGCUUUGCUAGCUGCAAGUAUUCCUCCUCGAUUAAGAGCCUCAGCAACAAGUUUGUGCACUUGACCAACUACAGUGUGAACAAGAAGAACACGCAGUACAAGUCCAACUCGGAUGAGACUGCUUGUCAGGGACACAAGUGGGCACUCAAGGCUCUCUGGAGUUACCUGAACCAAAAGGGAGUUAAUAGCGAGGCCAUCUGGGAGAAGAUUAAGGACAUCGUUAUCAAAACCAUCAUUGCAUCUGAGCCCUAUGUGAACAGCCUGGUGAAGAUGUAUGUGUGUCACCCAUAUUGUUGCCAUGAGCUGUUUGGGUUUGAUAUCAUGCUGGAUGAAAACCUCAAGCCCUGGAUCUUAGAGGUCAACAUUUCCCCAAGCCUUCACACCAACUCGCCACUGGAUGUGAGUGUCAAGGGCCAGAUGAUCCGGGACCUCCUCAAUCUUGCUGGCUUUGUUCUUCCCAGCGCAGACAGCGUAGCCCCAAGGCCACAGACAAGAAGUGGUUCUACCUCCAGUAUGGGCAGUGCUUUGAAGGAGAAGCCCAAGCCAAUGUCUGAGCAUUUCAUAGCUGAGAAGAUGAAGAAGGUCUAUUACUUGAUGCAGAAGAUACCUGACCAGGAUUUUUAUUCUUCUGUCUUGGACAUCCUGACCCCAGAUGAUGUUCGCAUCUUGGUGGAAACAGAGGAUGAGUAUUCCCGGCGUGGGCAGUUCGAGCGGGUGUUCCCCACCCACAUCUCCAUGCGGUACCUGCACUUCUUCGAGCAGCCUCGCUACUUCAACAUCCUGGUGACCCAGUGGGAGCUCAAAUACUACUUGAAUAAACACAAAGGUCUGGAGCUACUGAAGAACUGGUGUGUCAAAGGGUACCACACUGGGGCAGGGAAGGAUUUAGCCCAGAUGUGGUCACUGCCAAAGUCUUUCUUCCUCCAGAAGAGCAAUGUUCAAUCAAAUGGUUUCAGCAAACUGGAACUGGGCAAUCUGGGCACGCUCCUGUCUUCAGCUGGUGAGGGCCUCAAGAGAUGCCUGGAGCCCAGCUCUGCUCAGAAAUUACCUCUCAACAAGUGCAGUGGUGGAGCCGACCAGAAACCUGCUGGCUGCCUUUCUGACACCACCUUGGUGAUAUGACCAGGCAGUUGCAGUCCCUCCCUGGGGACACCUCAACCUACCUCAAAGGAAGAGACAGAAGCUGGCUUCAGAGAGCAAGGAGCCACCUGCACUGCACACUUACUUGUGGGGCUGUUUUUAGAGAGGGAUGUUCUACUGAGUAAAGAAGAGACCAGUGUGACUUCCAUCUUUAAAACAAAUAGCAAAGCUGGGCAGUUAAGCUUUGUCUGGCCUUUUUCCUAGGCUGCUCUUAAAGCCUGACAUGGUGGUUUCUUUGCUGCAUGGUAGCUGGCUGAGCUUGGAAUCAGCCUGGCCUUCUCAUUCCUGACCAGCAUGGGCUGAGCCCUUGUUUGCCUGUGUCUCCAUGAGCUCUGGGGAGCUGAGCUUGCACCUGCCCUGCUGCAGCUUGUCCCCUGGAGAAGUCCUCAGCCACUCCCUACUCUGUUCCUCUGGAAGGAGCAGGGUCUUUAAACCAACCCAUUUAAUCUUUUCUCAGCACCUACGCCAGCAUCCUCCCUGCUGCUCCCUGCCAAGCCCUGGGGCCUGGGUGAAGCUUGGGUCAUGCACAUCAGAGAAACCAUGGGUACCAGCUGUGGGGUUUGUUGUGGGGACAGUAGGGCUGCUAGCUCUCCCAGGUUGUCCGCAGCAUCGGUGUGGGGACUGCAGGCUGGUGCUCUUCUUUUGGGCUCUAUUUUCCCUUUGUUUCUUAUGUAUUUUUAUUAAAGUUUAACACUCA